AUGGACGCAAGUAACGGGAAUCAUUCGAACAGUGGCGGGAAGCCGAUCAAAUGUAAUCAGAAUGUUCAGGUUUAUGUACGCGUUCGGCCCACAAAUACCCGCGAAAAGUUGAUACGCUCCCUCGAAGUGGUGGAUGUGGUGUCACACCGGGAGCUGCAGCUGAAAUCGACCUAUCUCGAUUCGCGAACGUCGAAAAAGUUUACCUUCGACCGGGCGUUCGAUGCACAGUCGAAGCAGCAUGAAGUUUACCAAGCGGUGGUGGCCCCGUACAUCGAGGAAGUGCUGUCCGGGUUCAAUUGCACCGUGUUUGCGUAUGGGCAGACCGGCACGGGCAAAACGUUUACGAUGGUGGGCGAGGAGGAACCGGAACUGAGUGCCGCUUGGGAGGACGACACCAGCACGGGCGUGAUACCGCGCGCUGUCAACCACCUGUUUGACGAGCUGCGGAUGACGAAUCUCGAAUUUUCGAUGCGCAUCUCGUACCUCGAGCUGUACAACGAGGAACUGUGCGAUCUGCUGUCGACGGACGAUUCGGUCAAGAUUCGGAUCUUCGACGACGUCCAGAAGAAGGGUUCGGUCAUUGUGCAGGGGCUGGAGGAGAUCCCGGUGCACAGCAAGGACGACGUGUACAAACUGUUGGCCAAGGGCCAGGAACGGCGCAAGACGGCCUCUACGCUGAUGAACGCCCAGUCGUCUCGAUCGCACACGAUCUUCUCGAUCAUCGUGCACAUCAAGGAAAACAAUAUCGACGGUGAGGAGAUGCUGAAGAUCGGCAAACUGAAUCUGGUCGAUCUGGCCGGCAGUGAGAACAUCUCGAAGGCGGGCAACGAGAAGGGUAUUCGGACGCGCGAGACGGUCAACAUUAACCAAUCGUUGCUGACGCUCGGGCGCGUCAUCACGGCACUGGUGGAGAAAACGCCCCACAUUCCGUACCGGGAGUCGAAGCUGACGCGCCUGCUCCAGGAAUCGCUCGGGGGCCGCACGAAAACGUCCAUCAUUGCCACGAUAUCGCCGGGCCACAAGGACUUUGAGGAAACGCUCAGCACGCUCGAGUAUGCGCACCGGGCCAAGAACAUCCAGAACAAACCGGAAGCCAACCAGCGGCUGUCGAAGAAAACGGUCAUCAAGGAGUACACGGAGGAGAUCGAUCGGCUGAAGCGGGAUCUGAUGGCGGCCCGGGACAAAAAUGGCAUCUACUUGGCGGAGCAGACCUACAACGAGAUGGUGUACAAGUCCGAGUCGGCCACGAAGGAACUGAACGACAAAUCGGCCCUCAUCAAGGCAAUGAAGGAGGAACUGUCAAAAAAAGAAUCGAUUUUCAAGGAAGUAUCCGGCAGUUUGGCCGAUCGCGAGGAAGAGCUGCGCCGUACCGCACACGAUCUGGGGCAGGCACGCGUCGAGUUGACCAGUACGAGGCGUAGCCUAACGAAAACGAAACGACGGUACGUCGAGAAGAAGGUGAUCCUCGAUCAUCAUCUGAAAACGGAACAGGCACUCACUGGGCAAGCGAAGGAACUGAUCAACGUCGUUGAGAUGGUCACGGAAGACACGAACGGCUUGCACGAUACGGUUGAUCGACGGAAAGAGAUCGACUGUCGAAACAAGAAUGCAACCGGAAAAUUUGUCGAUUCGGUUCGGCAGCGAAUUCGAACGAUCGCUGGCGAUGUGACGGGAAUGGUGCACGAGUGCAGCCAACUGACGACUGCGCUGAAUUCUGGACUGGAAAGUUACAACCAAUGCGAGCAGGAACUGUACUCCCAAACGACGGGCCACCUGGCGACCCUGGACAUGGUCAAUCAGAGCCUGAUGCAGCAAAACAGCUCACUGGCCGAGUCGCUAAAGAGCACCAUCGCAGCCCGACUGGAUGGCAGUGGCGAAGAAUCGGCCAAAUACCUGGAACAGGUUGACCGGCUGCGGAGUUCGAUGAUGGCCCAGUUUGUCUCGAUAUUGGCAGGGCUUAAGAGCACCAUCCGGGAGACGGUACACCGUCAGCAAGACGACCAGCGCCAACAGUUCCAGGCCCUGCUUACACACUGCCAAACGUUCGAAGGCAAAAAAGCGCAAUUCUGUGCCUCACUAAAAGACCAGCUCAGCGAAGUCGACAAGCUUUUGGUGACCUUCGACAACAGCCGGGAACGAUUGCGCGAAUUUGGCGUGCGAUCCCAGAGCGUACAGCACGAAACCCUCGAAGCGGUAAAGGCUAUCGAAAGCGCUAAGGCACUGGCGCUGCUCAAUGCCAAAGCCCUCGAAGAUCAACUUACCGGCAUCUUGCAGCGGAUGCACGGCGUCUCGGAGCAACGUCAACAGUUGACCGACAUCGUGGAUGAUGUUUGUGGGGACAUCGAACGCAAACAGCAGACUGCUGGGGAAGCGUUGACGACGAUGGGGUGUUCGAUCGCACAGGAAGAAACUAUCGACGGUCAAUGCACCGCCGACCGAGAACUGUUGACGAAACGGGAAAGCGAACUAAUGACGCAGCAUCGGAACAGUUUCGAAACGAAGCUGGAGGAGGUUCGUUUGACCGGCACGAUCGAAACGAGCUCACGCGAGUUGGCCACUACGAUCGAACAGGAGCGCCUCCGAUUGACCGAUGCGCAGCAACACAUUCGACAGUGCCUGGACACUUACGCCGGUUCGCUCGGGUCACAGAAUGCGGCCUUCCAGCAAUCGCAACAGGACACGUUAACCCGGGUGGCACAGGGUGUGCAGGCGCAGCAAAGCGCACGCCAGCAGUUUGCUGGUGCGGCCACCGGCCACACACAGCGCAUCGUGCAGGCGCUCGGUGCGUACGCACACAAAGCCACCGAUCAGCAGCUGGUGGAUCUGCAGGCCGAAGUGGAACGCUUCCAUCAGCGCGAUCUCACCUUCUACCAGCCGACCGGCCAAACACCGAUCCGCAAGAAGGUGCCGUAUCCGCGAGAGAUUCCCAUGACCUCACCGGACGAGCGCAUUCUGCGCAAGUACUGGCGUGAUCGGGCCGCUACGGACGCGGGCGAUCCUUCGAUGACUAUUUGCGAGGACGGUGAGGAACUGAUAGCUGCACUCGAUACGAGCUACAACCGAUGCGAUGAAAUCCGGAACUCGACGCCUCUCCUCCAGAAGACCAUCAACGUGCUGGACGACGAUCGGACUCACUUCAAGGAGCUGCAAAUCUCCAACAUCGAUUCGAAGAUCGGAUCGGUGCACUUACUGGACGACAGUGGCGAAGGCGACAAGGAGAACAAGGUGAUCACGGAGACCGGAAGUAUCGUUGAGUUGGCGUGA